ACAAUAUUAAAUACCUCGCUGGCACUUUAUAGGUAGGAGCCUCUUUGAAAACACAGCUCUGUGUGAAGUUUGGUCUUUAAAAAGAAUGAACUUUUAACUUUGAAUUGCGAUUAAUGAAUUUCAAAAUGUGCGAUUAAUUAGAUAUUUUUUUUAAAUCGAUUGACAGCCCUAGAAUUUUCCUUUUGAUGUUCUGAAGAAGUUCCUUCUUUUUUUAGUUUCUUGACAACGUGUACAAACUCUUGACCUCCUGAAUGAAAGAAAGUGGGUUAUUAUGGAUCAACUGAACGGAUUUAAAGACCGUCUUGUGAUGACUGGUCACGCAGCCCCACUAACCGACCCUCGUGCUGCUUCAAUCCCUUCCUCAUGACUCUGUUUCUCCGCUCUGGUCCCAGUCCUCUGAUAAGCUGGAGUCCCUCAGCAGAAUGGAGGACUCCAAGCUGCCGCUGUCUCUGAGGAGCAACCUGCUGGACCUCUUCAGUCAGAUCGAGAGGGAGUUUGAAAACCUCUACAUCGAGAACCUGGAACUGCGCAGAGAAAUGGAAACGCUGAACGACCGCCUGGCCCCGGAUGGGCAGAUCUUCGAAGGCGCCGAUUUAGCCAAAGGAGCCCUGAAAACAAAAGCGAGUCACAGCACGAGCCAGCUGUCCCAAAAACUAAAGACGACCUACAAGGCCUCAACGAGCAAGAUCGUGUCCAGUUUCAAAGCGACCACGUCCAGAGCCGUGUGCCAGCUGGUCCGCGAGUAUGUGGGCCACAGAGACGGCAUCUGGGACCUCAGCGUCUCCCGGACUCAACCUGUGGUGCUGGGCACUGCGUCUGCAGACCACUCUGCCAUGCUGUGGAGCAUCGAGACGGGAAAGUGCCUCCUCAAAUACGUGGGCCAUCAGGGAUCAGUCAACUCCAUCAAGUUCCACCCGACUGAACAGAUGGCGCUGACGGCCUCCGGAGACCAGACGGCUCACAUCUGGAGAUACAUGGUGCAGCUGCCCACUCCUCAGCCGGUGGCCGAUGUCAGCCAGCAGACGUCCUGCGAAGACGACGUGGACUUCUCGGACAAGGACGAGGCCGACGGCGAGGUGGAGGGUCCGAGCGACUGCCCGUCCGUCCGCUUGGCCACCACCACGCUGCGCAGCCAUCAGGGCGUGGUCAUCGCCGCCGACUGGCUGCUGGGGGGCAAACAGGUGGUGACGGCCUCCUGGGACCGCGCCGCCAACCUGUACGACGUGGAGACCUCGGAGCUCGUCCACUCGCUCACCGGCCAUGACCAGGAGCUGACUCACUGCUGCACACACCCAACCCAGCGUCUGGUGGUCACCUCGUCCAGAGACACCACCUUCAGGCUGUGGGACUUCAGAGACCCGUCCAUCCACUCCGUCAACGUGUUCCAGGGACACACCGACACGGUGACGUCCGCCGUGUUCACGGUGGGGGACAACGUGGUUUCAGGGAGCGACGAUCGCACCGUCAAGGUGUGGGAUUUGAAGAACAUGCGGUCGCCGAUAGCAACCAUCCGCACCGACUCCGCCGUCAACAGGAUCAGCGUGUCGGUGACCCAGAAGGUCAUCGCUCUUCCUCACGACAAUCGGCAGGUCCGGCUGUUCGACAUGGCCGGGGUGCGGCUGGCUCGACUCCCACGAAGCAACAGACAGGGUCACCGGCGGAUGGUGUGCUGCUCCGCCUGGAGUGAAGACAACGCCUCCUGCAACCUGUUCACCUGCGGCUUCGACCGGCAGGCCAUCGGCUGGAACAUCAACAUCCCCGCCCUGCUGCAGGAGAAAUGACCGCCGCCUCGACCCAAAGUCUGUCCCACGCUCUCGUCCUGCAGGCUUCAAACAAAGGCGGCUUUACAAAAUGUUUUUUUUUGUUCCUGAUGAAUGAGUCAACGAACGAGGGGAUCACCGGCGUGAUGACGGAGGUCUGAUACUCCAGAGUUCUAGAUGGCGUCCAGACGAAACCCGAACAACACUGAAAGAAGGACAUUAAUUAUUGACUGUUAAAGCCACAAAAGCUCAAUUCACUCCAACCAGAGAGGUGGAGACUUCCUUUAAAGGACGCGACAUGUGACACUUUUAUUAUUGUGUGAUUUGCAGAACUGUAUUCAGUCAGCAUGGACCGAAAAACACCAAAAUACUAAAUUACUCUUAUGAACUGAAACUAUAACCUCUCUUCCAUGCUUUUUGAGACGCAUGUAGCUAAUUUAUAUAAAACAACGCCAAAAUUAAACGACCGCUCAAACCUUUGGAUUAUCGGUACACCAACAUAUAAACAUGGCUGCUGGUUUUCAUAAUUAAUGUUGUUGCGAUAUGACCUCCGGCCACCAGAGGCAGCAGUCAGUGGGCGAGGAAUAAAUCCUGCCUGAUUAAAAAAAAAAUAUAUAAUAAUAAAUUCAAUUUGGAUUAAAUGCAGAUUGUAAUUGCGGGAAAUUUAUUCAACAGAUUUAACAAAAAAACACACCUGAUGACGUGAUGUUAGAGAUCCGUUUGGUCGCCAUCUAGAGUCCCUGGUCUCAGUUAUCCUGGUCCCAGAGUUCAUGGUCCCAGAGUUCCUGGUCCCAGAGUUCCUGGUCUCAGAGCUCCUGGAUCCAGUGCUCCUGGUCCCAGUUAUCCUGGUCUCAGAGCUCCUGGUUCCAGAGUCCCUGGUCCCUGUGUUAUGGUUUCUCUCUGUUGUGGAUGACGGGGUUUCCUCCCAGCUGGUCUCUCCUUCGUUGGGAUUUGUUGGUGUUCCAGCCUCCUCUCCUGAAACUGGCUGAGACUCCUCCAGUCCGACCUCUCCGGCCCCCGUGUGUCACCUUCCCGCCUGUUGGCGGUUUUAUUGUUGGAGGCAGAUUUUUAAAAAUGUGUAGACGUUGUUCCGGCCGAGUGUUCGGGAGGAAAAGUUUUGUCUCUGAAGAGCAACGCCUGUUGACAUGGGUGUGUGGCAGGGUUGGGUAGCGAGACAUAAAACCAUUAGUAUACUGCGUUUAACACUAUUCAUGUAUACUGCGUUUAACACUAUUUAGUGUGUUGUUUAAGCAUGAAGAACUAAAUUAACUCUUUUCCAGAAACUAAAACCUUUCUUGGGAACUUCGGCUGUAAUUUGACCAGAAGAACCUAGAAGGGUCUAAAUUGAACAAAAAGACGAGACAAUGGGUAGAAAAAACUUCCAAUGUUCAGGGAAGGUCGGAAUAAAAAAAAAAAUUGAUUGAUUAAUUGAUUGAUUGGUGUGCAAAAAAACAGAAAUAAGUAAAGCACAAAGCUGAUUUGUUGCUACGCUCUAGUGUUUUCAGCCAAGUUUCUUUAUUUUGUGGAGAUAUUUGGUCAAAAAGAGACUUUAUUUAUAAACUUGAUGCAGUAUAUCAUCAAAUUAGUGGCUCCAUAAUCAUCGCUUUAAGAUAUUUAUUGAUUGGCAAACAUCCGCCGUCUUUCACCGGAACUUGUAGCUGCUACAAAAAUCAAAUAUAUUAAAUAGAUGUAUAAUUCUAAAACGGUGCCAUUUAAAAGUCAAGAGAAUCCCCCCCCCCCAUUAAAGUACCGACGUAUGAAGUGAGAUCAUGCAGUUAAGUUAAUGUAUCGAUUGUUAUUUUUUAAUCUUUACUGAGCGAUGAACAAAUGUUCUCCAAACAUUGUAAUUGUCUUCUUCAUGUUUUUUGUAUUAUUUUUUUAAUGGAGGAUGACUAAAAAAAUAAGAAUAAAUAAAUGAAAAUAAGAAUAAAUACAUUUUAUUUAAAUACAAUGACCGCAUAUACAGGAUCACAGGAUCUGCGUCACCAAAAAUAAUCAUAACGUUCCACACUUUUUCCAGUCUGUCGAGGAUAAAUAAUAAUUAUUUGGUAUUCUCUCCUUUUUUAAUCCAUCAUCUACGUGUACCUACGCUGUUCAGUACAUGUUGAUAUUUUUCUUCUACUCGACUCGUAGCUUCUUAUUCUAACACCAUCCCCAAAACAUAAAACUAGUGGCACAAUAAUAAGUGAAGUAAAAAGCUGCUGACGUCCCGUGUCUAUGAACACGCUUAAGUCUAUUAACGUGGAGAUAUCUCUUGGUACUGAAACCGUCAUGGGACCAAACUCCCACAGAGUUAUGAGACAGAGCGAGUUCUCAUUCAUCAUCUCGAGAAAUCAAAUUUCAUUCAACCCCCGCAACAACAAAAAGGUGAUUUUAUUUUAAACCGGCGUCAAAUCUUAGAUAUUUGGUAACGGAUGUUCCUCGGCUGCCAAGCCCCGCUGCCGGCCCAAUACUUGACAAGAUUGUAAAAAAAGAAAAGAAGAGUAGUUCUGGUCCGUCAUGGUGUUGAGAUUCUGUCCGCGUCACAUUUGUUCUGGUACUUUAAAACUAGUGAAACCUCUCGAGGAAAAUGUCGUGAUGCGUUUGCCGUCGGCUGCUUUGCUUUCCCACUGCCACUAAAACAGCCAAAGCUGUGUGUGUGCGUGUGUGUGUGUUCACUUUACAGCUGCCUUUUUUGCAGUGUUUUAACCCAGUGAAGAGUGUUUCAGUACAAUAGGAAACUCUUAGAUUGAUCACAUGUGUUGAAGUACAUAAUGUGUGUAAACGGCACCAAACGGCACUAUUGAAGAUCAAAUAAAUGCAAAAUGUCCAAUAACUAACUAAAGUGACGACUUUAGUGUCAACCUGCUCUUACUUUAAAACCAUAACAUUUGUAUCGUGUAAAUUGUAAUGUAUACAAAGAGUGGGUUUUCAGCUGCAGCUUUUUAAAAAUUGUAUUAUUCUUUAUAAGUUGUUGACAAUGUCCUGCAUUUCAUUUGUUUCGGUGUAAAUUACAGAUGUUUUUCCGAUACCAUUUCUUGUUCAGAUUUUGCGCUUCGUGCCGAUACCGAGUUGUAAUUUUAAAUCAGAAUGUAGUCCAACAUUUCGCCUCUGGCUAAUUAAAAAUUAGCCUAAUAAAUGUCAGCAGCAGACUCACCUUGCAUAAAAACUUUUUUUUUUGCAUUGUACAUUAUUUUUAUUUGUGAGUAGCUGUUAUUUAUGUUUCCAGGUGUGAUUAUAUUCCUCAACGAUCUACCGCAGAUCUAUUUUCUCUACUUUCACUCCAACGAGUAAAUAUUUAACAUGUUUGCGUUCCCCUAAAUCCAUCCUGCAGAAUGUCUCUGGUUUAACCUACAACACAUUUAGUUUGUGUGAUCCGAUACCGUUUUAAAAACAAGUUUCACUGCAUUUUCUCUCCCGUUCAUAACUCAACACUGUUUUGUGAAAGUUGUUAAGCUGUGGCUCCUCUGUGUUUACGGUGUUGUUCGUGGUCGGCGUGGUUAGAUGUAGAGCAACAAAACGCCACAGCUGUGUUCUCAGACGAAGGAAAAAACAAACCUGUUGGAUGGACUUGAGACGUGUUGUAGAAUCUGUGUAAUGAGGAGCGAGCGUCUGCUUGUGGAAUCCAAAUAAACCAUUUGUGCUGUU